GGAGACGGCUCCUCCGAUCUCAGAAGGAAGGGUUCCGUUGAGAAGAUUACUACUAAGAUCAAGAAUCUCAGCGACUUUCAAUCCUCCAAUGCCGGUGGGUAUGGAACCGAAGAGAGAGUUGGUGGACAUAUUGAGCUGCAACAAACUUGUGAGAAUCCAAAUGUUAGACGGUAAUUCACCGGUGAAGCCGUUUGAAGACAGAUCGAGGACCCGGAGACCUUGGAGGAAUCCAACGAUGGGCAUAAUGGUGUCGUUCCCUGAUCUUUUGUGGAGGCUAAAUCUGGAAAGCGAGGAACUUUCAGAGUUUCCGGUGAACAUCCACUUAAGCACAUCUCCGGUGAAUGAAUUCUUGCUGACAUCAAUGGAGAUUAGGUUGGAGCAGUUGGAGAGAGUCUGUGGGAGCUCUCCAGCGAGCAUGUUUGCGGAUAGAUUGAGAUCCUUCAAAAACUCGAGAUUUCCGAGGGAGAAUGGGACAGUGCCGGUGAAGUUGUUGGCGGAGAGAUCAAGAAUCUCGAGAGUGGCAAUGUCGCCGAUCCAAUCAGGGAUUUCUCCGAUCAGAGAGUUUCCUCGCAGACGGAUGGAGCUGCAAGAGCCCAGGCUUUUCAUCGAAUCCGGAAGAUUCCCGGAGAAGUAG